CUUGUUCUGCUGCUGAGUUGAACGGACUGUGUGCAAGUCAGAGGGAGAUGGACAGCUGUGUGGCUCUCAUUCUUCUGUCCUCCACAAUCAUCACACUCACGACAUCUGACAGUGUGAGGUUGGUAAAUGGAGGCCGUCACUGUGCUGGGAGAGUAGAGGUUCUUCAUGAUGAUCAGUGGGGAACAGUGUGUAGUGAUGACUGGGAUAUGAAUGAUGCUGCAGUGGUGUGUGGAGAGCUGGGCUGUGGAGAGGCUGUAGCUGCACUGAGUGAUGCUCACUUUGGACCAGGAUCAGGACAAAUCUGGAUGGAUGAUGUGGACUGUAAUGGAUCAGAGUCUACACUGGAGCAUUGUAGUUCAGGAGGAUGGGGGGUAUCUGACUGUAAUCAUUAUGAAGAUGCUGGAGUCAUCUGCUCAGGUCGCAUCUCCAGAUUGACUGAUGGUCCUCAUCUGUGCUCUGGGAGAGUGGAGGUGUUUCGUGGAGGGACCUGGUCCACAGUGUGUGAUACUGGCUUUGACCAGCAGGAUGCAGAGGUUGUGUGUCGAGAGCUGGGCUGUGGGCUUCCUGUGAAGGUGCUGGGAGCAGCUGCUUUUGGCAGAGGGGAGGGUCAGGUGUGGUUAGAGGAGCUUCAGUGUAGAGGGAACGAAUCUGAGAUUUCCUUCUGUCCAACAUCAUCUUCACUCAAACACAACUGCUCCCAUGACAGUGAUGUGGGACUGGUGUGCUCUGGUCACACAGGGGCUCGGCUGGUGAGCGACUCUGACUCCUGUUCUGGUCGAGUGGAGCUGCAGUACCUCAGUGAGUGGGGCACAGUGUGUGAUGUAAGCUGGGAUAUGAGAGCUGCCAGUGUCCUCUGUGGUCAGUUGAAAUGUGGGAGUGCUGUGGCUGUGUUGGGGUCAGACUGGUUUGGGGAGGGGAGUGGCCAGAUCUGGGCUGAUGUGUUUGACUGUCAGGGGAACGAAAAACAUCUGUCAAAAUGUCCAAUUUCAUCAUGGAGUCGAACUGCAUGCUCUCAUAAACAGGAUGCUGGAGUCAUCUGCAGUGAUUCCUCUCUGGCAUUUCAUGAGGGGCGAGUGCGGUUGUCUGGAGGGAUGGAGUGUGAGGGGGAGGUGGAGGUGUACUUCAGGCAGGACUGGAGGAGAGUUCUGCUGGACUCCUGGAGUGAGUCUGAGGCCUCUGUGGUCUGCAGACAACUGGGCUGUGGCUCUGUGUUUAACUUCUCCAGCUCCUCUCCAUCCAGUCACAGACACAUGUGUGUGACGAGUUUCAGUUGUUCUGGGAGUGAAGCUCAUCUGGGGAACUGUGGCAGUGCAAAAGUUAUGGAGAGUUCCUGCAGUUCAGGAGAACAGCUUUCAAUCACCUGCUCUGGUAAAUUUAAUUCAGCUCACAGCUCCAUUAGGCUGGUUGGUUCCGGGGGAGACUGUGCAGGAAGAUUGGAGGUUUUCCACAGCGGCUCAUGGGGGACGGUGAGUGAUGACUUGUGGGAUAUUAAGGAUGCGCAGGUGGUCUGCAGACAGCUGCAGUGUGGAGUGGCCCUCAGUGCUCCUGUACCAGCCCGGUUUGGACCUGCAACUGGACCCAUCUGGCUGAAUGAGGUGGAGUGUGCGGGGAACGAGGCGUCCCUGUGGAACUGCAGAUUUCAGCUGUGUGGACAGGAUGAAUGUGGACACGAGGAGGAUGUAGGAGUCGUGUGUUCAGAGUUUAAAGAGAUCAGACUCACUGAGGGCUGUGAGGGGAAUCUGGAAGUGUUCUACAAUGGAACCUGGGGUAAUGUGUGUUUAAAUGGGAUGGAUGAAGAAACAGUGAGUUUAAUCUGUCAAGAGCUGAACUGUGGAAGAUCUGGCAGUGAGAGACCUGCCAAAGCAAGAGUGGAAUCAGCUCCUAACUGGCUGGAUGAUCUGAAAUGUAGGAGUCAUGACUCCACUCUGUGGCACUGUCCAUCUUCACCCUGGAGACAGAACUACUGUGAUAAAAACAGUGAGGUGGCUCACAUUACCUGCUCAUGUCAUCUGAAAUGCUUCUCAUCAUCUUCCCAUCAGAGACAGUGCUCAAAUCACCUGCCUCUCAGGCUGAGGGGAGGAAAUGGAAGCUGCUCUGGGAGGCUGGAGGUGUAUCAUAACACUGAGUGGGGCUCUGUCUGUGAUGAUCUGUGGGACAUCAAGGGCGCUCAGGUGGUCUGCAGACAGCUGGGCUGUGGGCCGGCGCUGAGUGCUAAUGGGAGUGCUGUCUUUGGUGCUGGUGAAGGGAAUAUCUGGCUGAACAGAGUGAAGUGUAGAGGGAAUGAGAUUCACCUGUGGGACUGUCCUCAUUCCCUGAAGAACCACACUGACUGCUCCCACCGGCAGGACGCUGGAGUCACCUGUGCAGUUGGUCAGAGAGCAAAGCCAACAACCACUCCAUCACCAGCUGUACCAUCUGUCUAUCCAGUGUCUCUCCUGGUUCUGGGAGCGGUGCUCUUCCUGGCCUUAGUGCUUCUGGUUGUGCUGUUUUACCGGAACAGAGUGCUCAGGAGAGUGCCCUCUAAGAAGGGGCAGAAUGCUGUCUAUGAAGGCCUGAGUAGAGGGACAGAGGAUGUCUAUGAGGAGAUUGACCACAGAUUCAACACUAAAGGAACAACUAUCUCAACACAAAAGGAAGACAUGACAGAUAACUAUGAUGAUGCUGUUGCUGUUGGACCAAACUCCAACAUUAUGACAGUGCACACACCAGAGGACUAUGAUGACGUCAUCACAGCUGAACAGGAUGUAGGAGGGAUAAAAGAUUAUGAUGACGUGGGGGGGGGGCUCAGACAGAGAUGAAUCAUGAAACUGAGAUACCACAGCCAGUGUCUUAUCUCAGGAAAGUACAUUCAAACCUCUUCAAACGCAACAAGUAACUUUGUUUUGGAUCACAGUUCAGAAUGGAGCAGAAACACUUCAUUACAGAUUUGCUCUCAAACAAGAUAAAGUUUAUAUAUACAAAUAUUAAAUUUUUAACACUGUACUGUGAGUGAUAACAGACUUAGUCAGCUAGAA